AAACCCUCUAACGGAAACUUCACUUCCUCCUCCAUUGAUGCUCCUCCGUCUCUCAGUUUCCUCCCUCCGUCGUUUCACAACUUGUUCUUCGUCGUCUCUGGCUUGUCUCUGCAAACCCCAUCUCCUUGCGUCGUUUUCCACUGUUUCACCCAUGGCGGUUUCUCACCCCAAAGACGAAUCGUAUCUCUCCGCCGUGAUCCCCAAGCGUAUCAAGCUCUUCGAGCAGAUCCAAGCUCUUCAGCUCGAGCAGCUCCAAUCUCUCCCCCAAGAUCCGAUCAAGAUUACAUUACCGGAUGGAAGCGUGAGAGAAGGGAAGAGAUGGGCGACGACUCCGAUGGACAUCGCGUUGGGGAUUUCUAAGGGUUUAGCAGCAAAUGCACUCAUUUCGUCAGUCAACGAUGUGCUGUGGGACAUGUCUAGGCCUUUAGAGGGAGAUUGUAAUCUCGAGAUCUUCACAUUUGAUAGCGACAAAGGCCGGGAUACUUUUUGGCAUUCUAGUGCUCACAUUCUUGGCGAGGCUCUUGAGCAGGAGUAUGGUUGCAAGCUAUGUAUUGGACCGUGUACAACCAGAGGGGAGGGUUUCUACUAUGAUGCAUUUUAUGGAGAUUUGGGAUUGAACGAGGAUCACUUUAGUAAGAUCGAUAAAGGUGCAUCAAGAGCUGCUGGGGAAAAACAACCAUUUGAAAGGAUUGAAGUCACAAGGGAUCAAGCAUUUGAGAUGUUUUCUGAUAAUAAUUUUAAGGUUGAGAUCAUCAAUGAAUUACCUGCGGACAAGACCAUAACUGUCUAUAGAUGUGGACCUUUGAUUGAUUUGUGUCGUGGACCGCAUAUACCAAACACGUCAUUUGUGAAAGCAUUCAAGUGUUUGAAGGCCUCAUCAGCUUACUGGAGGGGUAGCAAAGACCGCGAGAGCUUACAGAGAGUGUAUGGGAUAUCUUUUCCAGAUCAGAAACGGCUGAAGCAACAUCUUGAUUUUCUGGAAGAAGCAAAAAAAUAUGACCACAGAUUGUUGGGCCAGAAGCAGGAACUCUUCUUUUGCCAUCCAUUAAGCCCUGGAAGCUGGUUCUUCCUCCCACAUGGUACCCGUGUGUAUAAUAAGUUGAUGGAAUUCAUUAAGGAGCAAUACUGGAAAAGGGGUUACACAGAGGUUAUCUCACCAAAUAUGUACAACAUGAAUCUCUGGGAAACAUCUGGACAUGCUGCAAACUACAAGGAAAACAUGUUUUUGUUUGAUAUUGAGAAGCAAGAAUUUGGGCUCAAACCAAUGAAUUGCCCUGGUCACUGUUUGAUGUUCCAACACAGAGUUCGUUCAUAUAGAGAAUUACCUCUUAGACUGGCUGACUUUGGAGUGUUGCAUCGAAAUGAAGCAAGUGGAGCACUAACUGGGUUAACUCGUGUUCGUCGAUUCCAGCAGGACGAUGCACACAUUUUCUGUAAAGAAUCUCAGGUUACAGAAGAAGUGAAGGGUGUGUUGGAAUUCAUUGACUAUGCUUACAAAGUUUUCGGGUUUACCUAUGAGCUAAAACUUUCAACAAGGCCGGAGAAGUACCUAGGAGAUUUGGUAACAUGGGACAGAGCCGAAAAUGCUCUUAAAGAAGCGCUAAAUGCCUUUGGAAAGCCAUGGCAGUUAAAUGAAGGAGAUGGAGCAUUUUACGGGCCGAAGAUAGACAUUACUGUGUCUGAUGCAAUGAAUAGGAAAUUCCAGUGUGCUACUCUACAGCUUGACUUUCAACUUCCGGAUCGAUUCAAACUGGAGUACUCAGCUGAAGACGAAGCUAAGAGGGAGAGACCUGUAAUGAUACACAGAGCUGUGUUAGGAUCCGUAGAGCGAAUGUUUGCCAUAUUGUUGGAGCAUUACAAAGGAAAAUGGCCGUUCUGGCUUAGUCCACGUCAGGCCAUCGUUUGCCCCGUCUCAGAGAAAUCCUCCCCUUACGCAUUAAAGGUGAAGGAACAGGUCCAUAACGCUGGAUACUAUGUCGAUGUUGACACGUCAGAUAGAAAGAUCCAGAAAAAGGUACGAGAAGCUCAGUUGGCGCAGUAUAACUUCAUACUGGUCGUUGGUGAAGAGGAAGCUGCAACCGGACAGGUGAGUGUUAGGGUGAGGGACAAGUCAGAUCACAAGGUGAUGAGCAUCGAGGAUCUGCUGAAUCACUUCAAGGACGAGGUAGCCGCUUAUCACUAAGACAUCCCUUACACAUUCUCUUCUUCUAUGAACCUUACAUCACUACCAAGAGUCGCUAUAAAACUCAUGAGAGCCGUUUCAUCUCUUAUAUGAAAUAUUGUUUGGAACUUAUCGUAUUUAAUUUGAGUUUUUGCUUACGUCCUCUGCUUCAUAUUAUAUGAUUCCCGGUCUCCCAUAUUGACCCAAUGGUCAAAGAUAUAGAGAUAUAACCGCAGUUACUUGGAAGAUACAACAAAAAUAUAUUAAUGUAAUUCAAAUGUCCUUGUA